ACUAUGUGUGGACUCCACAUCGAUAAAUCAUUGAAGUAGAAGCUCUCGCAGCAGAACUUCAUGUAAUUUUUUGAGACCAGGAGCACUGUUUCUGGUCGAUUUUUCUUUUCUUUUUCUAUUCUAUAAUCUUAGGGUUGUUUUAAACUUUAUUACGAUUUUUGUACUAUUUAGUUCUUUUUUUUAUGAGUCUGAUUACUUAUAAUAAAUAUGCAGCAUGGACAGAUCUCAACGUUUUUACUCUAUACUAAUGAAUCGGCAUUUUUUUUAGCUUGCGAUCGAGUAAAAGAGAAGAGAAGAAAAAGAUAGAGAGAGAUCGAAAGAGACGAAGUUUAUUUUGUGGGCUUGUUUAGCAUAAUCGUCCAAUUUGUGAUCGUUGCCGAAAAGAGAGCUCGUUAGAAUAUGGAGGAUUCUCAUACAAAAGCUACCGAAGAAGUUCUACUUCACUUCAAGACUGACGAAAACACUGGUCUUAGUGAUGACCAAAUAGAACAAUAUCAGAAGAAAUAUGGUCCUAAUGAGUUACCUGCAGAAGAGGGUAAAACGCUGUGGGAAUUGAUUUUGGAACAAUUCGAUGAUCUCCUAGUCAAAAUAUUGUUGCUUGCUGCUAUCAUAUCUUUCGUUUUGGCCUGGUUUGAAGAAUCAGAAGAACAAGUUACAGCUUUUGUUGAACCAUUUGUUAUAUUGCUUAUUCUUAUUGCGAAUGCUGUGGUAGGAGUAUGGCAGGAAAGGAAUGCAGAGAGCGCCAUUGAAGCUUUGAAAGAAUAUGAACCUGAGAUAGCUAAGGUUAUUCGAAAAAAUCAUCGAGGAGUUCAAAGGAUUAAAGCUCGUGAAUUGGUACCUGGAGAUAUAGUUGAUGUCUCAGUCGGAGAUAAAGUACCUUCUGAUAUUCGGCUAACAAAGAUCUUCUCAACAACUCUAAGAGUCGAUCAGGCUAUCCUCACAGGAGAAUCGGUUUCUGUACUUAAGCACACCGAUUCUAUACCCGAUCCAAGAGCUGUAAAUCAAGACAAGAAAAAUGUUCUAUUCUCGGGAACCAACAUUGCCGCUGGAAAAGCGAGAGGCAUUGUAGUUGGUACUGGAUUGAAUACAGAAAUAGGCAAAAUUCGAACUUCUAUGACCGAAACUGAGGCAGAGAAAACACCAUUGCAACAGAAACUCGACGAAUUCGGACAACAAUUAUCUAAGGUUAUUUCAAUUGUAUGCGUUGCAGUAUGGGCAAUAAAUAUUGGACAUUUCAACGAUCCCGCUCACGGCGGAUCAUGGAUGAAGGGAGCUAUUUAUUACUUCAAGAUAGCUGUUGCUUUGGCUGUAGCUGCUAUCCCGGAAGGCCUUCCCGCCGUUAUCACUACCUGCUUAGCUUUAGGAACAAGAAGAAUGGCUAAGAAGAACGCAAUUGUUAGAAGUCUACCUUCUGUAGAAACGCUCGGUUGUACUUCUGUUAUCUGCUCUGACAAAACUGGUACCUUAACAACUAAUCAAAUGUCCGUCUGUCGGGUUUUAACACUGAACAAGAAUUCAUCGGAAGAGAAACCGAUCUUCGACGAAUUUGAAGUAGACGGAACAACAUACGAACCAGUUGGCGUCGUGUACCAAGGUGGAAAGCCAGUUCGUUGCAGCGAGUUCGAUGGCCUGAUUGAAUUAUCAACCAUCUGCGCUAUGUGCAAUGAUUCAUCGGUAGAUUAUAACGAAGCCAAAGGCGUUUAUGAAAAAGUAGGAGAAGCCACUGAAACUGCCCUGACUGUACUCGUUGAAAAAAUGAAUGUAGCCAAUGUUGAGAAAUCCGGAAUGAAAAAGAAAGAAUUGGGUACUGCUGUCAAUCAUUCAAUUUUAAAUCAAUGGAAGAAAGAUUUCACUCUAGAGUUCUCUAGAGAUAGAAAGAGUAUGUCAUGCUAUGCCGUCCCCACUAAACAAACUAAAUUAGGUACCGGACCUAAGAUGUUCGUUAAAGGUGCUCCCGAAGGUGUAUUAGACCGUUGUUCACAUGUUCGCGUUGGAACUUCCAAAGUGCCUAUGACACCAGCUGUCAAAGCAGAAAUUAUGAAGCAUGUUAAAUAUUACGGAACUGGUAGAGAUACUUUACGUUGUUUGGCCCUAGCUACUAUUGAUUCACCAGUCAAGAAAGAAGAUAUGGAUCUUGAAGAUUCUAAAAAAUUUAUUAAAUACGAAACAAAUUGUACCUUUGUCGGUGUUGUUGGUAUGUUGGAUCCUCCACGUUACGAAGUUAUGGAUGCUAUCAAGCAAUGCCGUAGAGCUGGAAUCCGCGUUAUCGUUAUUACAGGUGACAACAAGGCCACAGCUGAAGCUAUUUGCCGCCGUAUCGGUGUCUUCGGAGAAAACGAAUCCACUGAAAACAGAGCUUUCACAGGAAGAGAAUUUGAUGACUUAUCGAUUGAUGAUCAGGCCAAGGCCUGUAGACAAGCUAGACUAUUUGCUCGUGUAGAGCCGGCUCACAAACAAAAAAUUAUUGAAUAUUUACAAGCUGAUGGAGAGGUUUCGGCUAUGACAGGAGAUGGUGUAAACGAUGCUCCAGCUCUCAAAAAAGCAGAAAUCGGUAUUGCUAUGGGAUCUGGUACUGCUGUAGCAAAGUCUGCAUCAGAAAUGGUUUUAGCAGAUGAUAACUUUACAUCUAUCGUUUCGGCUGUCGAAGAAGGACGUGCUAUUUAUAACAACAUGAAACAGUUUAUCAGAUACUUAAUUUCCUCCAACAUUGGCGAGGUUGUUUGCAUCUUCUUAACAGCAGCUCUUGGCAUGCCAGAAGCUUUGAUUCCAGUUCAGCUUCUAUGGGUUAACUUGGUUACUGACGGUUUACCAGCUACAGCACUUGGCUUCAACCCACCAGACUUAGACAUUAUGACGAAGCCUCCCAGAUCUGCUCAAGAACCACUGAUUUCCGGUUGGUUAUUCUUCAGGUAUAUGGCAAUUGGAGGAUACGUUGGAUGCGCUACAGUUGGAGCCGCAGCUUGGUGGUUUGUUGUUUACGAUAAGGGGCCUCAGCUCAACUAUUAUCAAUUGACUCAUCAUAUGCAAUGCCCGGCCGAACCUCGUAUGUUCCCGAGUAUCGAUUGUAGCAUCUUCAACCAUCCAAAGCCAAUGACAAUGGCUCUAUCCGUACUAGUAACGAUUGAAAUGUUGAACGCGAUAAACAGCAUUUCCGAGAACCAGUCGCUAACGCUUAUGCCUCCUUGGUCAAAUAAAUGGUUACUUGGUGCCAUCGCUCUUUCGAUGUCAUUACACUUUCUCAUCUUAGAAGUUGAUUUUCUAUCGGCCGUCUUCCAAAUUACUCCGCUAAAUCUGGAAGAGUGGAUGGCGGUAUUAAAAAUUUCGUUGCCCGUCGUUAUUUUGGAUGAAACGCUGAAAUUUGUAGCUAGGAAGUUUACAGAUGGUAAAAAUCCUUUAACUCAAUUUUACUGGAUGAUUGCUGUGUGGGUCAUUUACAUUGGACUAAUAUUGAAUGCGCCCUUCUGA